AUGGACCGAAGCGGGUCCGAGGCCUACGAGCUCGUCGGCAGCGCCAAGUCGCGCCUGGACGAGAUCGAGCGCGACCGCAUGGACCUCAAGAUGGAGGUCGCCCACCUGCGGAGCCGUCUCUUGGAGCGCGUCGGCGGCGACACGAGCGCGCUCGAGCUCGAAGAAGAGAGCUUCAUGCUGAAGAAGGAGCUUGUCACAAAGGAGCGCAUGCUCGCCGAGCAGGCCGG